AUGCAGCAGAAAUUGAACUUCAUUCAGUCGGAUUUGGAAAACCGAAUUGAAUCCGGAAAGCUCACAAUCGGGAACCCUACCUUGAUUUUGGAAAUUCAAGAUGCUCUAUUGAAGGGAUCUGAAGGAAUGUUUUUGUGGGUAGCCCUCCAAAUAGAGUCAAUAUGCUCUAUGGAGAGUGAUGAGGAGAUUCGCCAUGCUCUUACCGACCUGCCAAAAGAUCUUUCGCAGACUUUCGCUCGCGCUUUCAAGUCAAAGUCUGAGAGCACACAUCAAAGGGAUAUUUUCGCCAUGCUGGUCGUGGCUAAAAGACCAUUGGUCGUACAGGAAUUGCGGGAAGCCUUGUCUGUUGUUCCAGGUGAUCUGGACUGGAAGCCAGACAGGCUUCUCAACAACAUCUGGAGUACAUUAAUUUCAUGUGGGAGUCUAAUAAUGGUUGACGAGGAGCAACUGACGGUGCAUCUCGUUCACUCUAGCGUUAGGCGAUUUCUUCUCGAAGAGUUUGAAGAGUUCAAAGAGCCAAUCAAACCCCUAGUCAACCUCGAUAAUGCUCAUCGCAUGGUGACAGAAAUCAUCAUUACCUAUCUCAACUACAGCGUUUUCGAAAGGCAGGUAUCAAAACAGGUCAAUCCUCAUAUUCGAACUGGAUCCUUGCCAUCUGAGGUCAUUCGCUCGACUAUGAAUUCAUCAGCUUGCGUUCAAACGCUGGCAAUCAGGCUUCUGAGGGUUGUGGCAGAGACGGCUCAUCAAGGUCAUGACCACGACCAAAUUUUCUACUUCUACGAUUACGCAACAUCAUACUUGCCAGCCCAUGUCGUCAAAGCUCAGGAUCUUGGAGAGGAAAUGCAAUCUCUAUUUGCUCGAUUGCUAGGACCAGGGUCAGCCUUAAAACGUGAGAUGACCAAUGAAGAUAAUGACAUUCUUUUGGAUUGGGCUGCAAUGAAAGGAUAUUUGCCCUUGGUCGCAGCGCUGAGUCGUCCUGGGCAGGAUAAUUCAGCCGUCGGGAUGAAGGCAUUGAGACAGGCAAUAGAAGUCGGAGAAAGUUCCAUGGUGCAAUGGCUUCUCGAUUCAAAAGACGGGUUCAUUCCAUCAUCGUUGCCGAGCAUGCCUCAUUUUUGGAAGCCAAUACAUCUCGCUGUGCGCUGUGGUAGCCUUUCCACGAUUCAAAGUCUACUCGCAUCAGGCAAAUUCAAUGUGAACGAAAGAGACUCCUCCACUGGCGGACGAACCCCUUUACAUGAAGCCGCCGUCAAGGGACUGAAUGAAACCGCUGCUCUACUUCGUCACAGUGCUGCUGAACACCUGCGAGAUGACGCGGGGCAUACGGCUCUUCAUCUUGCGGCCAUGCAUGGACAUCAGGACAUUGUCAAGUACAUGAUCACCUAUCAGUCUUCCGAUCCUAACAAGACGGAUAAACAGGGGUUAACUUCUUUGCAUUUGGCUGCCGUCCACGGCAAUACUGAGGUUGUGAGAGUUCUCUUAGAUCACCCGUCAACCGAUGCUUCUAUACUGGAUCACAGAGGUCGCUCUGCUGGUGAUUUGGCUUUGGAGAAUACCAGCCUAAGCUUUGUCGCUCAACUAGAUUCCCGCCUGGUUGCAACGGUGAACGCAGCUGUCCGGUUUCGACGUUGA